GUCUCCUCAUUAAAGUAAACUCCACAUCUCUGCUUUUCCACUCUCCUUUUUCACUCUCUUUCCCACAAACCCCUUUUUCUUUCACACUUUCUUACUCUGUUACAACCCCUUCUCUUUUGUUGGUAUGGCAGAUUGGGGGCCGGUGAUAAUAGCAGUGGUGCUGUUUGUGCUCUUAGUACCAGGGCUGUUAUUUCAGAUACCUGGAAGGAACAGGGUGGUUGAGUUUGGCAAUAUGCAGACGAGUGGUGCUUCUAUUGUUGUCCAUGCUAUUAUUUAUUUUGGCCUCAUCACUAUCUUCCUUAUUGCCAUUGGUGUUCACAUCUAUGCUGGCUAGUUAAUUGUCAUUGAUUCCCUUUUCAAUCUUGUAAUCUCUGUUUCAUGUUUCUCCCCCCUUUUGUUUCUCCUAAGUUGAUCGAACUUUUGUUGUUGUUGUAAUUAAUUUCUGUUUCCUUUAUGUUGAAUUUGAAUCAUGGAGGCGUCAAGCUUUUAGGGUUUUUCAAUUGGUAGUUGAUUUUCGUGGGAUUUAUGUAAUGAUCAAGUCAUGAUGUUCGUGGAUCUGAUACUAAUUAUCCAUAGAAACGCACUGUGCUUGUUGUGAC